UUAAUUAUAAUUUGAUUAUUCAAAUUGUUAGAUGCACAUAUAAUUAACUAAAAGAAAAUUUCUAUAAAAUAAAUUAAUGCACAUUUUUGUUGAUAAAAAUAAUCUUAUCAUAACAAAUGAAGCAUAUCAAAAAACUCCAUCAAAAAUAUUAUAAAUAAAACUUUAAGACUGUGUUUAAUGGUAAUUAAAUAAGUAAGCAUAAACACUUGAGUACAACGGUUUUAAAGUAUUAGAAAGAUAACCCGACGGCUCCACAAAAAUCACCGAGUUUCGAGGAUAACAUAUAAUAAUAUAAUAAUUAAAAGAUUACUUAUGCAAAUAUGUAUUUUAACAUCAUUUUUAAGACGAAUAUGAAAUAUUAGCCUAAAUAGGUAAAGGGAACUAUGCACGUGUAUUUUCAGCUCGUCAUAGAAUAACAAAUUUUAAAAUAGCUGUAAAAUGUUUUUCCAAAUCAAAAUUAAAGCAAUCUGCAAACGGAUUAUAAUCACUUUAUAAUGAGGUUAAAAUUCUUUAAAGCCUAGGAACUCAUGAAAAUAUUAUCUAAUUUAUAGGUUGCUAUGAGGGCAAAAAAACAUAUUAUAUAGCUUUGUAAAUAUUGGAAGGUAUUACUUUGUAUAAUUUAAUAAAGAAAAACCGAGAAUAUCAUAAAUUUUAACACGAGAAAAUCUAAUAAUAUAUGAUCUAACUGUUAAAUGGAAUUAAACAUAUAUAAGAAAGAAAAAUAAUGCAUAGAGAUAUAAAACCGGAAAAUAUAAUUUUUAAAAAUAGCAAUAUAUAAGACAAUUUAGUUAUUGCAGAUUUUGGACUAGCUGAUUUCGAAGAUUCUAAAGCAUUUAUUUUUAAUAAAUGUGGAACUCCUGGUUAUGUAGCACCUGAAGUAGCAAAUUAUUAAGAAAAAGUAGACACAAAAUAUACUUCUAUUUGUGAUAUGUUUAGUAUUGGAGUUAUUUUUCAUAUUUUUUUGCUUUAAUAAUCAGUUUUUGUAGGUACAAAAUUCAAUGAAGUUCUUAACUUAAAUAAAGAAUGCAAAAUAGACUUUACAUAAAAAAUGUACACUGAAUUACCAGAAAAUGCACUCGAUUUAUUAAAAAAAAUGCUCGAAAAAGAUCCUAAACGAAGAAUAACUGCAUAAGAAGCUCUUAAUCAUUAAUAUUUUUAAUAAUAAAAGUAAAAACCGACUAAGUCAUAUGAUUUUUAAAAUACAAGUGAAAGCUUUAUAAAAAAAAGUCCAAUGAAAUAAAAACAAAUGAAAUUAAUGGAUUCAUUAAAAAAUAUUUGCAAUUUAAAAAAGCAUAGCGAUAACAUAGAUGAAGAAAACAAAACACCUAAAGAUAAAACCUUGAUAAAUUCUUAACUUAUAAUAAGUAACGACUAAUUAACCUCUUUUGUACAUAAUAUAAAUGGAUAAUGUUCGUUUAAAAAUUCCUUAAGUGAUAUAUCACUUCCAUUUUAAAAUUUAGACACGAAAAGUAUAUCAGAAAGUAAUCUGCCUAAUUAAUUAGAUAAUCCAGAAUAAGGAAAUUAAUAAGUUUAUAAUUUAAUUCUCAAUCCUGUUAAAGAAGAAGAAGAAUAAAGUCUUGAUUCUCCUUCUAUCAAUAAAAAAAGCAAAAUUAAAACUUCACCUAGUAUCUUCAAAAUUUAAAAAUAAUAGUAAAAUAGUAAUUUUGUUUAUGGUUUAGAAAAAAUUCCUUACAAAGAUGUUGAAGAUAAUAUUGAGUAAGAUUAUAUUUAAGAUGAUGUCUAAUGA